AUGGAUCUCACAACCCCAGGCCUUAACUCGGUAUCCUUGCCGACGUAUCAGGCUGGACCUUGCCUGGCGUGCACGUCAGUUAGCCUCGUCACCAACCUCGACUCGACCGUGCAUGCACGACUGCCGGCUUGUCCGGCAUUUGCACCUCAUGCUCGCAUCAAACUUCGCCGAGUGUACAUCCUGCCUCUAAAUUCCCUCGCUGAAUGCCUCUCUUUCCUCCAUCUCUGCCGGUCCGCUGGCCGUCGUCAUCAACGUCCAGCAACAGCCAUGGGCGUCAACGGCCUCUGGACCAUCGUUCAGCCGUGCGCACGCCCGACAAAUCUCGCCACGCUCAACCGCAAGCGCCUCGCCGUCGACGCAUCAAUUUGGAUAUACCAGUUUCUCAAGGCCGUUCGCGACAAGGACGGGAAUGCGUUGCGAAACUCGCACAUUGUCGGCUUCUUCCGUCGCAUCUGUAAGCUGUUGUGGUUCGGCAUUCUUCCCGUCUUCGUCUUCGACGGCGGCGCCCCGGCUCUCAAGCGUGCCACGAUACAAAAGCGGCAGCGCAGACGUGAAGGAAGGCGAGAGGAUGCUGUCAGGACGGCGGGAAAGCUGCUGGCCCUCCAGAUACAGCGCGCCGCCGUCGAGGAGGAGGAAAGGCGGAAGCGUGGACCCGACGGUGACAUCUCGGUCCGCGAGGCGUUGCUGCAGGAGGAAGACGUGCCGACGACGAGCGAGGUCGUGUACAUGGAUGAGAUUGGCAUGUCGCAGCGGGAACAGACCGAGUCCAGGCGGUUUCAAAAGCAAGACGCCUAUCACCUGCCCGACCUGGAUGGAAGCGUGGGGAGCAUGGGCAGGCCCGACGACCCGCGCAUCAUGAGCGUGGACGAGCUCGAAGAGUAUGCGCGACAGUUCCACAACGGAGAAGACAUCAACCUGUACGACUUUAGCAACAUUGAUUUCGACGGCGACUUCUUCAAAAGCUUGCCGGCGCCGGACCGGUACAACAUUCUCAACGCAGCGAGACUGCGAAGUCGCCUUCGAAUGGGUCUCAGCAAGGACCAGCUCGACGACAUGUUUCCCGAUCGCAUGGCAUUCUCGAGAUUUCAGAUAGAAAGAGUCAAGGAACGGAACCAUCUAACCCAGCGGCUCAUGCUCGAGGUUGGAAUGCAGGGCACAGACCUCACCCUUGCCGUCAACGCUCGCAUCGCCGGAGAAAAGGGCCGCGAGUACAUCUUGGUCAAGAACGAAGGCGUCGAAGGUGGCUGGGCUUUGGGGGUCGUGAGCAAGGAAAAGGACGUGGGCGAGGCCCACAAGCCCAUCGACGUGGACGCCAUCCAGGUUCAGUAUCAGUCGAAAGACGACGACGAGGACGGCGACGACGACGAAAUGUUCGAGGACGUCCCGCUCGAAGGUGUCAACAGGCUACCAAAACCGAAAACUGCCACCGGUGCUAGUGAUUCGUCCGGCCAGUUCAUGGCCGCACCGCGACAGCAGUACCACAACGAUCGAGCCGGUCGGCCGAUGGAGAGUGCGGACCAAGGGGAGGGGUCUCUCUUUGUAGACGACAACCCGGGAGAAAUAGCGCGCACACCACCGAAUCAUGCUCUACACCCCGAAGAGGAGGAUGACGUCGCCCGGGCAAUAGCUCUGUCGCUCAUGAACCAACACGAGCUUGACCAAGACUUGGCCGGUGAAGAAGUCUCCGAGGAUAGGCCUGCGGCAGCACCAGAGUGGGAGCAGAAGCCGGUGGAAAAGUCAAAGCCAAUCUUGGGGAGCAGCGGUUCGAUUAUCGCUCACGUCGUGAACAACCGUGCAAACGCCGCCGUGCCGAGGCGGAAAGAGGUACUAGGCUCGGCCGACAGCGACAGCGAAGAUGAUCUGCAGGCCAUUUUGGCACGAUCGAGGAAACAACAACCGAAGACGGUUCCAUCAAAGAUGGCGUUGGAGGACAAGAACACUUUUGGUGGACCGUUGCCCUUUCCAAAGCUUGACUGGGGCAAGUCACUUUUCGCAGGACAGACUACGGCGGACAAGGAGACAAAGAUUUCGGAGCCUGCCGAUUCAACGACAACGGUCCUGCCUGAGGAUCAUCUGGCUGGUGGGUUCGAGGUUGAACCUCAGGACCAGGAUGCGCCGGAGCCCUUGCCUCCUUGGAUGGUGGAUGAAACGGAUAUCAGAGAGUCGUUGAAGAAGCAGCAGGAUGCGGAGAGGGAGAUGAACGCAGCGGACAGGCAAAAGGCCGAAGAGGAGGAAGAACGAAGACGAAGGGAGUUGCGAGAUCAAAUGAUUGAGAUUGGCUCCGACUCGGAGGAUGGAAGCGACCUUGAAGUAACCGAGGUUGCUCCCUUUCUGCAGCCUCAGGUUGCUAAACCCACCAUGGCCGUCGAUGCCGAUGUCGAAAAGGACAACCGGUUGGAGAGUACAGGGGCAGAGGACUCGGGCCAGGAGCCAGAGCAAAGGCUAGGAAAUGUCGAGAUGGCUGAAACUGCGCCGAUGGAGCGAGCGGAAAGCGCUUCAUCUCCGGAGCCCGAGUUCGAGGACCUGCCGCUCUCGGCGGCCCCGCUCUCGUCCAGUGCCGAGUCGCCCCUGUUCAUGGAUGCUCCCGCGGCGCAGGCGCAAGCUCGACAGCAGGUCUCCGUCCAAGAGGACGACACAUUUGCGGAGGUGGAGUAUGAAGACUUCAGCGACGCCGAAGACGAAGGGCUCAUGCUGCAGAUGGCCGAGGAGGCAGAAGAACAUGCUCGCUUCGCCAGCGAGCUGAACCAGAAGUCGGCGGCGGAGAACAAGGAAGAGUACGAAAAGGAGCUGCGGGCGUUGCGAAGCCAGCAGAGCAAGGAUCGGCGUGACGCAGACGAAGUCACGCAAGUGAUGGUGACGGAGUGCCAGGCCCUUCUUCGCCUCUUUGGAAUUCCGUACAUCACGGCGCCGAUGGAGGCCGAGGCGCAAUGUGCAGAGCUCGUCAAGCUCGGCAUCGUCGACGGCAUCGUCACGGACGACUCGGACACCUUCCUCUUUGGCGGAACGCGCGUGUACAAGAACAUGUUCAACAGCAACAAGUUUGUGGAAUGCUACUUGGGGGACGAUCUUGAGCAGGAACUCUCGCUCUCGAGGCAGCAGCUCAUCUCGUUGGCCCAGCUGCUCGGAUCGGAUUACGCCGAGGGCUUGGCCGGCGUCGGACCCGUCACGGCCGUCGAGAUUCUCGCCGAGUUUCCGGGCAAGGACGGCCUCGGCGCCUUUCGCGAAUGGUGGACGGCGGUGCAGUCCCAGCAGCGUCCGAAGGAAGCCGACGUGUCGUCGCCCUUUCGCAGAAAGUUCCGGAAGUCGCAGGCGACCAAGCUCUUCCUCCCACCAGGGUUCCCCGACGCCGUCGUCGACGAUGCCUAUCUGCACCCCGAAGUCGACGACAGCGCCGAGCCGUUCCAAUGGGGCGUGCCGAACCUCGAGGGGCUGCGACAGUUUCUCAUGUCGACGAUCGGGUGGAGCAAGGAGCGGACCGACGAGGUGCUCGUGCCCGUCAUUCGGGACAUGAACCGAAGGGGCGUCGAGGGUACCCAGAGCAACAUUACGAGGUACUUUGGCGGCGGCGUCGGGGUGGGUGCCAAGGAAGCCUUUGCGCCGAGGCAGAAGGCGAAAGGGAGCAAGAGAAUGGCACAAGCCGUCGACAAGCUGAGGGGCCGUGCUGCUGAUGCGGAUGCCGACGAGCCAUUGAGGGAAUCGACGAAACGGAGGCGAACAAAGGCCGGGUCGCGAUCUUGA